CCCAACGAUUUCGGCUCUCAAGGGGCGCUAGCUAAGGGAUUUCAUCUCGAAGCGAGAACUUGACUUUCUUUCCCUCUCAAAUCAAUCAUACCACGAUAAUUCAACGCGUACAUAUCCCUUGAAAACAACGUUCGAGAACAUUUCUAUGAUUGCGAAUUGAAGAGAAUUGUAUUGGGACUGCGAUCGCAAUUGAUAGGAGUCGGGUCGGUCGCAGGAGGCGACGAGCGAGGAAGCUAUGAGCCAACUCAAUUCUCGCCCAACACGCUCUCGUCGUUCCAGUCCAUUUGUUUCCGCACAACGGAAUCCGAAUUCCUCUCCAGCUACAGUAGCAGAUACAGGUCGAAAAAGAACGUUUAUGGAUAAAUGGACGGAACCUCCUAUUCCUACUCCUAUGCCAUCUUUUGCAGAAGCUGGAAUGGAGAGGCAUGGAGUGGUCGCAAACAUGGCACCACUUGGAACGCGACCGAGCGCAAAGGCUGUUAAGUCUUCUGCCAAACCAGAGGUAGCAGAUGCGAAUGGAAGCAGACCAAAUGGUGUUACCGAAGUGGUGGAUGAUUCACUUCCACCCUCUUUAUCGGCGACACCCCAGGCCGUACCCCAAGAAGCGAUGGAAACCACGGAACCUAUUUCGAACCUUUCGCGGAGAAGAUCCACAUCUACGAAAACUGAAGAAUUCGAAAACGUACCACCAUCAACACCUCAACAACCAAGAAGCGCGCGAAAAAGUGUUACCAGAUCGAGUGUCGCACCUCCCAGUGUACGAAACGAAAGUGAAGGACCUAGCAUUUAUGCAACUUCUCCAGUCCAGCGCACAUCCCUUCCAAACGAGUCGCCUUCUACAGCUUCCUAUCAUGCUCAUAAAAUGAGUAAUUAUACAUAUGAUGAAAGAGACGAGGCUCGUCAAAGGGAGGGUCGGGCUCGUGCAGUUGAGGCGGCUUCUCGCAGAAAGACGGCUAGAAUUGUUGAGUUGGCUGUCUCCCACGCGAUCGAAGAGCACCGUUGGUGUACUGCCUAUGCUUUACGGGAACUCUACGAUGAAGAUCCUGAAAAUUUCGGCAUACUUGUUGAAAAGCAGGUCUACGAGGAAGCUACGGAAGAAGAGGUUCGGGAGUUUUACAGAUUGAUUGGGCUUAAGAAGAAGGAAGGCAGAAAGGACAAGGCCGCGGAAUAUUAUUUUAAUGGAGAUGGUAGCGACCCUGCACCCCUUCGACCACGACGUCAAGUUCAACAACCACCGGCCCAACCUGUAUUCCAUUUUGCCCCCAUAUUCGAUUCUAAAAGAACUACAUACGCUUCGCCAUAUGCUAAAGCGACGACACAACCCCCGACGACAUAUACCUCACCAUAUUCUCAACCACCUCCGCCACCACCAUCUGCUUCUACUAACAAACCUCCAACGCUAGGAUCUGCUGAUUCUGUCAGACGCUCAUCAGAUGCUAAACCAGCCUCUACAUCUGGAUCCCCAAAAAAACUGGGGGAUCAUGGCCUUUAUCCCAAUAAAAAGCACAAAGGAAAUGGUUUUGCAGCUGUAAAUGAGGACGCCAAUGGAAAAUUGGAUGCAAGUGCAACUGGACCUGGAAUCGGAAAUAGAACUGAUGGAAUCACGAAGAAGCAACAGAACGGAGUUGCGUCGGCUUCUUCUUCCGUUCCCGUUUUGUCACCCCCACUGCCUAAAUUAUCAGAUCGACCAAGAGCAGUUUCCAUUUCAAGCUCAUCAUCAUUAUCUUCAGUUGAUGAACAAAUUCUCGAUAAUGAUGAAUAUGACCCUAUGGAUUUUGACCACGCUCAUAAUCAUGCUGGCACAGCAAAGCCUUCGGAUGGUUUCGAACAAUCGAAGAGACAGGGUACUGUUGGGGUGGGUAACGCCAAUGCCAAGGCCAAAUUUGGUGCGUCCGUGUCAACCGAGACCCAGUCAAAUGCUGGAGGGUCAAUUAAUCAAAAACGACCAAUCAAAUCCAAAGAUUUGUCUAGGUUCGAAUCAGACACAUUUUCAUCCACGGCAAAGAAAACCAAUAACAAGAGUCGAAGUCUGAACAAAUCUAAAACUUCGUCACCCGCGCCUCCAUCCUUCCAAGCUAUCAAUAUUCCGACCAGAUCUCACAAUACAUCUAACAAUUCAAACUUUCGUGUUGAUAGUGACAAUAAUCAGGCCAAUCCAAACAUGGCACCUGAAUUAAUACGUACCUCGUCAUCAUCUUCGGUUGGAUCAGUACCAAUAUUAAAGCCAGUGGUGCCUAAAAGGCCACAAAUUGUUUUCAAGUCAAAGAAGAAGCCACAGGCAGUUGAUCGCCCUACUUAUGAAGAGAGCGAGAUGGUUGGUAAAUGGAAGCGCAAGGCGCGAGAAAUUACCAACGGUAUUACUGAGGAUAUACGAACUGAGAGCUUUGUUCGUCCAGAUAUACAGCCAAGGAGUGUCACUCCUCCAAAUUUUCGUAGACCUGUUGAGUACGCAUCUGAUGAUGGAGAUUCUGUUUCCAUUCCUACUGCAUCUGCAACAGCUUCUAGUCGUCCAUCCAAAACUAUUCGGCUGGGCACUAAGAACGAUCGAGCUAGUAGAAGACAAACCACUACUGCUCCUGUCAACAAUUACGAUUCAGAAAUGAGUUCACCUACAGGACUUGGGUUUCAACCAGACUUACCUCCUGGAUCGUUACCAAAUUCACGCGCUGGCACACCCUCAUCUAAUCGACCAUCUAGAAAGGCAAAGAAUGGCACAGGUUUACGUGUCAAAACUUCACCAAUGAAGAAAAAGAGUGGUCCUUCAGCUGGUAUCCCACGAGCAAGCGGUGAAAGAGAUAGUCCAGUUGGAGGUUAUUAUGCAAAUCAACAAGCUAGUGGAACUAUUGGAGAAAACGACGAUUAUUGUGCAGCUUGUGGAGGUAACGGUAAAUUACUUUGUUGUGAUGGAUGCACUCGCUCCUUCCACUUCAAAUGCGUGGAUCUUUCACCAGACUCACCAACCUUAACGACGGAAGAAUGGUUUUGUAACGAAUGUCUUGCACAAAGUGUUCCUCGAUCCAAGGAUGAUGAAGUUGGCUAUUUUGGCCCUUUGUUGGCAAAUAUGGAGAGAAAGAAUCCAAGUGCUUUCCACCUUCCAAAGGCAAUCCGGGAAUAUUUCGAGAAUGUCAAGACCGGCACUGAAGGAGAGUAUGAAGAAGGUGUUGUACAAAAACCAAAGAAUAAUCGUGGCUACGAUGAAGCUCCGGAUUACUUUAAGCUAAAGGACAACAAAGGAAAUCCAAUUCUCUGUCAUGGCUGUCACCUCUCAGCUGUUCAUCCAAGUCGGGCAAUUAUUCCUUGUACUUAUUGUAGUCUCUCAUGGCAUUUGGACUGUUUGGACCCUCCACUUGCAAAAGAGCCUCCACCUGGAAGAUCUUGGAGAUGUCCAGCUCAUGUUGAUGAUCUUCUCGAACAAGUACCAGGAUCUUUGGGCCCAGCUCACCGUUUCCGUAAGAUCAAAGGAGCUUCGCUCAUUAAGCCUGUUCUUGCUCGUGGCGUUAGAAAUAAUGGUCAUAUCGAGGUUGAGAACACUACUUCUGAAGAUGAAGAUCAAGGUAGUGGUUUCUAUGAGCAGAGAGAGUAUGGUCAUGUGUACAAGCUUCCAGAGGAGGGCAUUAAACUUGACUUCAUUUCACGUGUUCAUCGUGAAUUUGGACAUUACAAUCAACGCAGCUUUGCAAACAAUCGGGCAUCUGUUUCGAAACCACGAUUACAAACUGCCGAAUUUGACAGUCGUAGUCUUGAUGAACAGCAAGCUGCUCUCAAUCUUGCAUAUCUGGCCACUGCAAAUCCAGCGAUCAAUCUUACACAAACCCUCAUUGAUGCCUUAAUUUCCGAAGCCGAUGAACCAGUUAUUAAGUUAAUUGCAAAAGGAGAUGCGUCCAAGCUCUCCAAGAAAAAGCCAUUAACUCAAGCUGACAAAUCAUCUUUGGUUGCUAUGACAGCUUUCCUUCAAGAACGUCUAGCUUCGACCUCCGGCGAUGCUGAUGGUGACGACGGCAUGAUAGUAGAUAAUCAAGAGGACGACUCGUGAUUCCUUGAUUUCCGAUCAUUAGAUGGGGGUGAUUUAGGCCGAUCAGAUCUUGUUUGACCAUGAGAGUAUGGUAUCAACCGGGGGACGAACACAACUUUGUCUCGUGAUAUAGUAAUCACAUGACAAUGUCUUGGCAUAUAUCUGACACAGAUAUUACAUCCUUCCUCUUUGUGGUGUUAUCACUGACUACUUAUGUCUUCUCAUCAAGCAAUUUCGCCAGGAAGCAUAGCUGGCCAUGCUGAAGUCAAUUAGUCGCCUUCUAUUAUAUUUUCAUUGCAUCGGCGCUAGCAUGCAACUUUUUCCGCUUCUCUCGCACUUGGACUGCAACUUUUCAAUCUUGUUUCUUUUUCAUAUCGAUGGGGGGAACACAAAAAUUCAUUCAGACUUGUAUCAUACACAUCAUACGAAACAAAACUCUGCAGAUGAUGCGAAAGCACGUCGUUAGAGUGAGGGAUUGAGGAAGGAAUCAUUGGUGCAGCGUGGCGUUAAGUGGAGUUCUUAUUUAUUUUGACUUUUCAGGGUUUUGCAGACUUAAGGGACUUUAAUUAUCGUGGAGGGGGUUGCGUGUGAAGAUGGCGGAUGAAAUUCGGUGAUUCUUUUUUUUGGGGCGAAGGGGAUCAGAUGGGGAGAGAGCUUUGAAUGAGAGAUGAAGUGGGUGGUGUGGUAGACAAAAUGGGAAGAUAUCAGAUACUUCAAUAAGUAUUAGAUGACUCGAUGGAUGGAUCGUGUAGUCGAGAGCGGGCAAGGGUGGAUCAUAUUAUAUUACAUCACGUAUCAUCUGGUUUUGCGAUGGUAUGGAGAGGGGCUGAGGAGAGGGGAUUUCUAUGUUUCUUUUGAUUUUCUUGCUGAGGUUGAUCUGAUGGGGGAAUGGUUGAUGGAAGGGGAAAGAUGUAUGGUAGCUUUUGCAAGUAGCCAGUCAGGAAGAAAGGAUCAAUGGGAAGAGAGAAGAGAAAAGGGGAGAGCAAACUAGGCAGUGAUACUCUAUCAGAUUAGAUGAGAUGAAUGAUGAGAAAAAAGAUUAAAAUAUGAUCGAGUGUGUUGUAAA